CGACCAUCAGUGAAAGAAACAUACCUUACUUUUUCCCAUCGCAGUCCAUCAUGGCGGCUUUCGUAGGAAGAAUUUGUGGGUCCGGCUUGUUAUACACGAAAAAUGGAAUUACCUUGCAGAAGGUACAUAGAUUUUCAACAAGCCGCUCCUGGACAAAAAAUCAAAAGUUAGCAACUGCCGCUGGGAUUGUCGCGGGUGGUGCUGGAGCCUUGCUUUAUGCAUUGGAGCAAUCGGUUGCCGCAUCGGGAACGGAGGUGCACCCGCCGGAACAACCCUGGAACCACAAGGGUCUUUUCGAGUCGUUAGACCAUGCCUCGGUACGACGCGGCUAUGAGGUGUACAAGCAGGUCUGUGCCGCUUGUCACUCGAUGCGAUUCAUCGCCUACCGCAAUCUGGUCGGCGUAUCGCAUACCGAGGCCGAGGCUAAGGCGGAAGCAGCUGAAAUUCAAGUACAAGAUGGCCCCGAUGAGGUUGGCAAUUACUUCAUGCGACCGGGUAAAUUAUCGGAUUACUUCCCGAGUCCUUACCCGAACGAGGAAGCGGCACGUGCUGCCAACAACGGGGCCUAUCCACCAGAUCUCAGCUAUAUUGCUCUGGCCCGCCACGGUGGAGAGGAUUACUUGUUUGCACUGUUGACCGGUUAUUGUGAUGCUCCGGCUGGAGUUGUGCUGCGAGAGGGACAGUAUUUCAAUCCCUACUUCCCCGGAGGUGCCAUUUCCAUGGCUCAAGCGCUGUACAACGAGUCGGCAGAAUACAGCGAUGGAACGCCAGCUUCCGCUAGUCAACUGGCAAAGGACGUAUCUACGUUCUUAGUGUGGGCUGCCGAUCCACACCUGGAUGAACGCAAGCGUAUGGGUAUCAAGUCGCUUGGUAUCAUGCUAGUUCUCGGUACAUUAGCAUACUACCUUAAACGGCAUAAGUGGGCUGCACUCAAGACGAGGAAAAUUUCAUUCUAUCCAAAGCAUAAGUAAAUGUAAAGGAACAGUUGGUAACAGUGACUGAAAAAGCCGUUUAUUCGGUUGAAUGUGUUAAAAUUCAGUCACAGGAAGAUUGCAUUCGUUUUAAACAACAAUAAACAAUUACAACAGACAACUGCGCAACAUCCGUGAAGCAUUCAGUUAUAAUAUCAACACACCGAAAACUGCUGCUAGUUAUAAUAAUUUUACAAUUGGGAAUACAGAAAGAGUAGAAACAGCAUUACUAACAUCUCGAUUGUAUGGUGCUGGAAAUUGAAUUGAUCCUAUCGCGAAAAGGAGCAAUGAAACGCAAAUAAAGCAGUGUUAGUACGAAUUUAGUUUAAUUUGUUUUCAACUUGUUUCUCCCCGCUACUACUAUUAACGGACAUUCGACCCAAUGUUAAAAGAAAAGUAUUUAAUAUAUGCUUUCGACAUAUACACUCUCUCGACAUAAUUCGGAAUCCGUUCGCGAAACACAAAGGUUACCUAAAGUUAAUUACAAAAUAUCAUGGAUAAAUCAAAUGCGUAUUAAUAAAAACAA